AUUUAAUAACUUCGACAAUUUUUAUCUGAGCAGAACCAAAUUUUCAGGAAUCACAAAUGCCAUUGUUGUUAUUGUAUAUAAAAUUCGCAGCUCUAGCUUUAAAAUUACGCUUGUUAUUCGAUUUUUUUGCGAAACAAAAAAUUGAAGUGUCGUUUAAUUUUGGGCAGGAGUGUAACGGUGCGAUUGAUGCGAACGAAAUACUAUAGUGUUCACUUUGCCGAAAUGGGUGCGAAAAAAAGCAAAGCUAUCCGGACUACGUAAAUCAGGGACGGCCAACUGUUCCCACACAUCGUGCAUCGGUCCGAUGAUUUCGAUGAUGUCACUUGGAAGUUUUGUGUACCUCGGACCAUGCGACUCCGUGUUUUGCACGAGUGUCAUGACCAACCAACUGCCGGUCACUUAGGAGUACGCAAAACAAUUCUUCGGAUCAGUCAGCGGUAUUAGUGGCAAGGUUGCAUCGGAAUGUUAAGAAGCAUUUCCGACAAAGCCCAAGCUGCCAGAAGUUUAAGACAUCGCAACAAAAACCCGCCGGACCCAUGCACACUCGACCCGCGGAAAAACCAUGCGCUGUCAUGGGAGCCGAUUUCGUCGGUCCGCUUCCUCGUUCUAAGCAAGGCAACACCAUGCUGCUCGUGUUCUUCGACCCGUUCUCCAAAUGGUGAGCGUAUCCUCGCUCACUUCGGGGUUCCGCGAUGUUUCGUGUGCGAUAAUGCGACACAGUUUACUAGCCAGUCCUUCAGGACGUUCCUAAAUACCGCUGGAGUGGACCUGCAACACACUGCCCCGUAUUCCCCGCAUGAGAAUCCAACGGAAUGAGCAAACCAAACGGUUAAGACGACGAUCCCGCAACUAAUUGAAGGACAGCAGAACCAUUGGGACGAGUUGCUUCCAGAGAUCACCUUAGCCGUAAAUUCCAGCGUCUCUGAGUCCACGGGCUAUAGUCCAGCUUACCUAGUACAGGGUAGGGAGCCUCGACUUCCCGGAAGACUAUACGACGAGGUGACACCAGAGGCCACCGGCAAAACAGAAGAAGGAAAUAUUUUCGAUCGUGCGAGGAAACCUGGACCAGGCGAGCCACGACCAGAGUAGAAACUACAACCUAUGCCGGAGGCAAUGGCGACCCACUCUGGGCGGGAAGGUGCUUUUGCGGCAACACCAUCUCUCCAAUGCUGCUGACGGGUUCGCAGCAAAGCUAGCCCCGAAAUUCGACGGUCCAUAUGUGGUCAAGAAGUUCAUCGCAGCAAACAUCAUCCGUCUGCAGCACACAACGACCAACCAAAGAGUGGGUAACAUCGAAGACCUCAGAGAGUUCCAGGAGCAGAGGACCGAGUCCGAGGCCGAAACCUAUGAAAGCGACACGUCGAGAGCCGCGAUCAAACCCUGAUCCAAUCCCUCCGACCACAACCCCCAGCCUUCGCACCAGUUAAUCUAAUUACUCUUUUUUUGACUAAUUCAGAACAUGUAUACGGUCGACCUAUGCGGUUCCUCCCCGCCGCGCGACUACGUCGGCGACGAACCCAACGUACCCCGACCAGCCGACCUUUGCCGGAUUUCGACAGAGAGCACAGAACCCCAGCUCUCCCCGUGCUUCUCCCCGGCCCCGCUCCACAAAUCCGGUGAACCUGACUUUUAUAAUCCCGUCAGUGAGCAUGAAAAAGAAGAUGAAGAGGAGCCCAAUGAAGAGGGUUACGAAGAGGAAGAGGAUGUAGGAGAGGGAGAGAGUAGCGAGGAAGAGGAAACCCCCACUCGGCGUCCACCCAGUGCCUGGUCGCCUCGACCUGGACAUGCCGCCCAGCGGCAACGUUGCGAUCCACGAAGAGGACGUGGGGUAUAUGCACAAACCGCACCGCCGAUGAAUGUCGAGCCCUAUCAACCCCUUCCCACUAAAGACAGCGACACGGACGAGCCUUUUUUCGUCCACCAAGUAUGUAUUUCAUAAUUGGAGUCAAGGCCAAAGGAUCAAGAAAAUGGACAUAUUUUUUUGAAGCGAGGAUCCAGCAAAGUUGAUACAGCUAAUAAAAACGACUGUUCUACAAAUCGAAAUCUCCGAUCGAACUGUCCCAAUAUAGCCGACUUAAGCUGGUUAAGCAUUAUAAAAAUGUAUUUAACCUUUAAUUUUGCGAGUAAAAUUGUAGUGUCGCGAUUAUUUUGUAAUAUAAUCGAUUAAUAAUUCAAA